AUGGCUACUCCUACCCCAGCGGAACCCAUCCUCGCCAGCAACCUCUACACCCUCGAGACCGCAAAUCAAACCCCACCUCCAGAAGUCCUCCCAAACCAAUGGCAACCACCCUUAAAAACCUCAUCCCUAACCAACGACUUCAACUUCAACUUCACCUCCAACUCCCUCAACUACAUAACCACCCCCUCCCGCCCCGAAACCCAAGACCUCCUCCAAACCCUCCUAACCACCCACCUCCUGAGUUCCAAAACCUCCACAGCCACAGUAAUCGACAGCACACUUGACUUCGACGUCCGAAAACUCCACAACACCCUCAAAGCACAAAUCAAAACCUCACUCCAACUCCCCACGAGCAGCCACCACCACCACUCCGAAGAAGAUACCACGCUCCAACAUCUCUCCCGCGUGAAAAUUUCCAAAAUCUUCGAUCUCAAAGGCUUAAUCGAGACGAUAUCGGAAGUUCAAGCCGAGGAUUCCCAUAAGCACGACUUUCUCCUCCUCAUCAUCACCAACCUCACCAAUAAUCUCCUCCUCUCCCCGAGUUACGUACAAACUCAAGCGACCUUCACUUCGCUGAUGCGGCUUCUGGACCAUCUUUGCAAAACGCGAAAUUUGUGUGUGGUGGUUUUCGGGGAUGGGCGGCGUGCGAACAAGAAGAAAGUCGAGGAGGAGGAGGAGAGGUUGAGUAUGUUUGAAUCUUGUGGGAUGAGUGAGGUUUUGGGGGGUGGGUGUGGGGUUGGGGGGUUGGUUGAUGGGCAUUUGUAUCUUCAUAAGGUGUUGAGAAGAAGAAGGAAGCGGGAAACUGGAGGGGGGGAUGGGCAUGCGCUUGUGUUGGAAGUUGUGCAGGAUCGGUAUGGGGAUGGGUAUGGCCAGUGGGUUGCUUUGGAGUAUGAUUCCGAAGGGAGGCUUAAGGGUAUAUCAUGA